AUGGUUUACUGAAAUGUCAUAAUAUGACAGUCCACUAAUGACACUUCCUCCGUUGUUCCUACACAGAGUGUUCAGUAGUUCAUUUUUUAAAUGUGUUGUCAGAACGGUUAUGUCGAAUAAUCUAUUGAAAUCAUCGAAGCGAAUCAUUGCUGAUGAACCAGAAAAUCAACCAGCUAACAAACAUCAUCGAUCGUGUGUCAACGAUAAAUUCGAGAUGUUAAAGGUUCUGCAAACACCGGACAAGCCAGAGAAAGAUCGCAAAGAUUACAGAAUCGUGAAGCUGAACAAUGGUAUCACAGCACUUAUCAUCUCGGAUCCUUCGCCAAUAAACGAAAACAAGUGUAAUAACGACACCAGUGUAGCUUGUGCAGCGGACGAUGAAAAUGAAAUUGACGAUGAUGAGGAGGAGGACGAUGAGGAAGAUGAUUCUGGUUCGGACGAAGAGGAGACAGGCAAUGGCGGCCCGAAAGAAAAACUUGCCGCCUGCAGUGUUUGUGUAGAUGUUGGCUCCUUCAGCGAUCCACGCGAUAUACAGGGUCUGGCCCAUUUCUUAGAACACAUGAUCUUUAUGGGAUCGAAAAAAUAUCCCAACGAAAAUGAAUUCGAUCAGUAUGUAAAAAGGUCCGCAGGGUUCGAUAAUGCCGAAACUGACUGCGAAGAAACAUUUUUCUAUUUCGAAGUGGCUGAAAACUAUCUGGAUGGCGCACUGGAUCGCUUUGCAAACUUGCUCAAGGAGCCGUUGAUGUUGAAGGAAUGCAUGACACGCGAACGGGAAGCCGUCGAAUCGGAAUUUCAGUCGAAAAUGCAUAAAAACGAUGUGAGAAGGGAACAAUUGCUGUCAUCAUUUGGUAAUCCCAAUCACCCAUGCAGCAUAUUCACUUGGGGUAAUCAGAAAACUCUGCAGGAAAAUGUGUCCGACGACGAUCUGCAUCGGAGGGUGCAUGAAUUUCGGAAACGUCACUACUCGGCACAUCGAAUGUUUGUGUGCAUUCAGGCUCGUCUGCCAUUGGAUGAAAUCCAGCGCCUGGUGGUGGAACAUUUUUCCGAUAUUCCUAACAACGAAAUGCCAGGAGAUGAUCUCAGCGAAUGGAAUCAUUUGAAUGCCUUCCAAGAUAAGUUCACCGAGAAAGUUUUUGUCGUGAAAGCUGUUGGCAAUGUGACGAAAGUGGAUAUCACAUUCUGUUUGGAGUCCUUGGUUUGGGAGUACAAAACAAAGGCACACGACUACAUUGCCUUUUUGCUGGGACAUGAAGGGAAGGGCAGUCUUUCGAGUUAUUUGCGAAGAAAAAAUUGGAUAUUGCAACUGAUCUCUGGGGUGGAUGAUAGCGGGUUCGGAGCAAAUGGAUUGUAUUCGCUGUUUACGGUCUCAAUGUACCUGACACAAAGUGGAAUGGAUCAUGUGAAAGACGUUCUUGAAGCCGUAUUUGGAUUCCUCAAAUUCAUCUCCGUACUCGAUCCAAUAACAACGGAAACGCUGUACACCGAACUUCAAACCAUCGAAGCGAACAAUUUCCGCUUUCAAAACGAACAGACAGCCCUCGAUAACGUCGAAGCAUUGGUCGCAAAUCUGAAAUAUUAUCCACCCAAAGACGUGCUCACCGGGCCCAAUCUGUUGUUCGAGUACGACUACAAUGUUAUUCGCUGCUUUCUCGACAAAUUGAAUCAAACCAAAGUGAAUGUUAUGAUCACCACGAAGGCACCGUUCGAGGGACGUGACUUCGAUCAAACGGAACCGUGGUUCGGAACUCAGUACUGCUCGUUCGACAUUCCGAUUGAUUGGUCGGAAAAGUGGAGAAAUCCGAGAGUUUUCGAUGAGUUUCAACUGCCCGAGUCUAAUGUCUAUAUUCCGAAAGAUCUGACAAUUUUGUACGAUCCACAAACGUCAAACGUCCCCAAAUAUCCGGAGAAAAUCAUGGAAAAUGAAUUGUGCGAAUUGUGGUAUCGUCAAGACGACAAAUUUCUUCUACCCACCGCUUGUUACUAUUUCUAUUUCACAAGUCCGCUGGCCAGGGGAAGCAUCGAGAAUGUCGUCUUACUGUCACUUUAUUCGCUGCUGUUAAAACAUAAAAUUGUGGAGAUUUUAUAUCCAGCGACCGAGGCUGGACUUUCUUAUUCCUCGUAUGCGUCCGAAAAAGGAUUAGUACUGAAAGUGAGUGGAUUCAGCCAAUCAGUCGGUCAGUUGGUUGAGACGUACACUAAAAAUUUGACAACAUUCGCCAAUGGAGUGACGGAAGAACAAUUCGCUAUGUUCGUGGAACAGCAGUUGAAGACUUACUACAACACGCUAACCAAUCCGAAAAGUUUUGCCAAGUAUCUUCGUUUGUCGGUGGUUGAAAACGAUUUCCAUCCCACUUAUGAAAAGUACGAGGCGCUGAAGACACUGACGCUCCAAGAUUUUCGAAUAUUUGCCGCCAAAUUUCUUAGAAAUAUUAAACUUCAAGGACUGUGCCAAGGGAAUUUGUCGCUGGACACGGCUAGGAAUAUUAUGGAUAAUGUGCUGAGUCGUUUACAGCCCGAGCCUAUCGAAAAGCCCUCAUCCUUGGAUCUGAGAACAAACAAAUUGCCAAUCGGUGCUAAUUAUCUACGCUGUGCGUCUAUGAAUCCCAGUGACGUGAACACCUUAACUAGCAAUUUCUAUCAAAUCGGACCAAUUACGAUUAGAACCAACAGUUUAAUUGAUUUGCUGAUGAUGAUAGCGGAGGAGCCGCUAUUCGAUUCGUUACGUUCCAAAGAGCAACUUGGCUACGAUGUAUCUUGUUCAUUGCACGACAAUCACGGCAUAUUGGGCUACUCAAUUGUGGUUAAUUCACAGGAGACAAAAUUUUCCGCCGAAUUUAUCGACGAACGGAUCGAGGUAUUCAGAUUGGCACUGCUGGAUAUAAUUCGCGACACAAGCGACAGUGAAUUCGAACAGUACAAGGAGUCCGUGGUUAAGAUCAAAUUAACGGAAGACAAUAAUUUGAGCGAUGAAGUGACUCGCAAUUGGACGGAAAUAACGACCGAGGAAUACGCUUUCAAUCGGGUCAUUAAAGAAGUGGAGUGUUUGAAAAGUGUUACGAAAUCGGAAUUUGUGGAUUUCUACGAGAAACAUUUGCUGGAAAAUACGAAAAAGUUUUCGGUUCAGGUUGUCGGUAGAUCCGAUGCUCUGAACGAUGCACCUCAUCAAACCGAUGACGAUGUGCCUAUGUCUCUGUUAGAUAAACGAUUCGAUCACUUGACCUUCGUGCCGCUGACGAAAUCCGACAAGGGAACGCAGAUACAAAAUAUUCGCGAGUUUGUAGAGAAAUUGGAAUUGUAUCCGGUGACGAAAACGAAUUUCGAUUGUUAGGUAGAAAUCGGUGACAGAAUGCAAUAAACUGCAAAUGCAAAUUUGUAAUUCGGA